GAAGAUCAUGCCAUGAAGCUUCUUGCAACUGCUUUGUUUUCUGUAACUUUUGGUAUUCUGAUUGGACUAUCAUUUCCAUAUUUAUGGAUCACUAAGGCUAGUCUACCAAAAACCCUUCUUCGUUCCAUUGCUCUCUCACAUAUAUAUUCGGAUACUGCAGCUCUUACACAAGCCAUUCAUAACCCAAAGAUAUGGGUUCCUUCAAACCCUCAAGGCACUGAGAGAUUGCCACCAGGUAUUAUUGCAUCUGAAUCAGACUUGUACUUGCGCAGAUUGUGGGGGAACCCUGAAGAGGAUUUGAAGAAGAAACCGAAAUAUCUGGUAACAUUUACAGUGGGCUAUAACCAAAGACACAAUAUAGAUGCAUGUAUUAAGAAGUUUUCAGAUAGUUUCACCAUUGUUCUGUUUCAUUAUGAUGAGAAAGUAAGUGAGUGGGAUGAUGAGUUUGAGUGGUCAAAGAAUGUAAUACACAUAAGUGUCCUCAAGCAAACCAAAUGGUGGUAUGCAAAGAGAUUCUUGCACCCGGACAUUAUAGCGAAAUACGAUUAUAUCUUCAUAUGGGAUGAAGAUCUUGGAGUUGAACAUUUUGACGCAGAAGAAUAUGUAAACAUGGUCAAGAAGCAUGGCCUUGAGAUUUCACAGCCUGGUUUGGAUCCAGAGAAAGGGACUACAUGGCAGAUCACUAAAAAAAGAGAACAUGUUGAAGUCCAUAAGGAAACAGAUGAAAAACUCGAAUGGUGCUCUAAUCCUCCUCGGCCUCCAUGUGCAGCAUUUGUCGAGAUUAUGGCUCCUGUAUUCUCAAGAGAUGCAUGGCGCUGCGUGUGGUAUAUGAUCCAGAAUGAUUUGGUUCACGGUUGGGGUCUUGACUUUGCACUCAGAAGAUGUGUUGAGGAGCCUGCUUAUGAGAAGAUAGGAAUUGUAGACUCUCAGUGGAUCGUUCAUCAGUUUAUCCCUUCACUUGGUAGUCAGGGAAAGGAAGAAAAUGGGAAAUCCCCAAUAGAAGGGGUGAGAGAUAGAUGCCAUAUGGAAUGGAAAAUGUUCGAGAGCAGAGUAGAUAACGCAGAGAAGGAAUAUUUCAAAUCGUUACAAGUGCAAAGCCAUUCUAGUUCAACCACCUUUCAAUAGGAUCUUAACAUUUUUGCUGUAGUCAGGACUCAGGAGUGCUUUUUUCCCAACAUUUACAUACAGAUCUUUAUAGGUAAUCUAUAGAUACCUCUUCAAUCAGAUACUGAUGAUAUAAAGAGACUUGUCAAUAAACUCGACAUGAUCUAUCAAAUCACUUUGGCC